GAAAUAAAAUCGAAAAGAAAUUAGAAAAAUUACAGAAACUUAUUGAAACUAUUGAGAGUCAAUUAGAAGAAGCCUUAGAAUUGUUAAGAGAUAAAAAAGCCCGCCAAGAACUGGACGAGUUUGGGGAACCUCUAAUUUUGGAGGAAGGACUUUGCUCUUUGAUUGAUGAAUACACUAACGAAGAGGAAGUGGAGGAAGAUUUUUAA